GGGCACAGGUGGGUGGCACUGGUGGGCACAGGUGGGUGGCACUGCUGGGCACAGGUAGGUGGCACUUCUGGGCACAGGUGUGUGACACUGCAGAGUGGCACAGGUGGGUGCACUGCUGGGCACAGGUGGGUGCACUGCUGGGCACAGGUGGGUGAUCUGCUGGGCACAGGUGGGCGGAACUUGCGGGUGGCAUUGCUGGGCACUGAUCAUCAGGGCACUGAUCAUCAGUGCCCUGAUGAUCGGUGCCGAUCCCCGCUCUGACAACUGCCGGUUCUCGGCAGUACUUUCCUCACGAUCUGACAGCGUGAGGAAAGUGCAGCCGAGAACCGGCACUUGCAU